UGACUGUAAAGUGAAAUAGAAAUGAAAUUUUUCUUACUGACAACAGCUCUACUGGGAGCUCUUUUACACACAUGUUCAGCGGGCAGUACAAAUUGUGGUUGUAUGCCGGGACGUGAAGGCGAUGUUGGCCCUAAGGGAAAUACAGGCAGAAAAGGCGAUAAUGGACAAAAGGGUGAACCAGGUUUUAGAGGUGAUCAAGGUCCCACUGGACCUAGAGGACCUAAAGGUAAUCCUGGUGCUGUUGGUCGAGCUGGACGAGAUGCUCCUAUACCUGGUGUACCUCCGACAUUUGGAGAAGCUGGCGAAGCUGGUCCUCCUGGUAGAUGUCUUUGCGUUAUUCGACGUUUGCGAGAUCCUGUCAUAGCUGGCGAGUUCUUUUUGACCGACGAAGAUGGUGAACCUAAUUUUAUAGGUGAUGAUUUUGAUGAAGAAGAAAUAAAUCGUAUGUUUGAACAUGAUGAGCAUACGGAAGAUCAGACUACACCGGCAACACAAACAUUUAGAGUUGAAUCUACACAACCCAAUAAUGGUCUAUUUUUGAUGGGACCUAAUGGAGUUUUAGUACCAGUUACAGAUGCUAAUGCUUAUGAGUUGUUUGCAGCAGCUGCUAAUGCCGCCGCAGCUACGUCGACUACCACCACAACAAGGCGUACCACAACUACACGUCGUCCUUAUCAUUCUGGUCAUAAUAGUAUUUAUAUAUUAGGACCUAAAGGUUCUUUAAUACCAAUUGAUGCUUUGGGUCUUAAAAAGCCAUUUAUGCAUGGUCAUGGUCACGGUCAUGGCCAUGGUCAUCCUCAGUAUGUUAUGUACAAUUCUCGUCCUGGUCAUUAUCAUGAUCAUAAUCACAAUCAUACCAGCAAUAAUAAUGGUCAUUAUCAUUAUCAUGGUAAACCUACCAGCAGCUAUAACAAAUGGUUAAGAGGUAUUUUAAUGGGAGAAGAUUAUUCGGAUAUGGAGGAUGAAAAUGAUGAUCUGGUCCCAUUUGAUGAGCCAGCUGCUCAAAUAGACGUAGUGGAAGAAGUAAUGGAAUAA